GGCCGGUUCGAGUCCACCCUGGGGGAGGACUGGGGUCGUGGCCGAGGCUGGACGCCUGGGUCCUCUUUGAAUAUUGGCAAAGAAUCAAAGCUGGGGCCAGAGGGAGUGAUAGGGUUAGGAGGGGAAGUCUUUGGGCCACAGUAGAUAGUGAAUGACAACUAGAGACGAGAGUCAAGGCUGAUAAAGAUAGGAAUAGGCGGUGGGAAACUCAGGCGGGGUGGGGGUGGGGAUGCGGCGCCAGAGUUGAGAAGCCGGUACUACAUUCCCCAGCAUGCCCCGGGCGCGUGCGCGGGGCCUCUCGGGAAAUGUAGUCCUUCCCGGGCACCGCCUUUCAGCUUGUGUUAAGAAGACUGGUCGCUGAUUCAAUUAACGCUGUCUGGUGCCCAGCCCAGCGCCUUGCGUAAAAAGGCUAUGAGGGAGGGAAUGGGAUUUAAGUCUCCCAAUCUGUAAAAUGGGCUGAAAGGCGCAUUCCGGUUUGAAGUUCUGUGUUUCAGUGAUGUUGAAUUCCACCAACAAUUACAGAGGUACAGAGACCCCCAGGCUGACUCCUCAGUCUCACCCCUUCCCCUCUUGGAGGCCAAGAUCCAUCAGACACGCAACCUUGCCCGCCUCCUCACCAAAUACGCUGAGCAGCUCUUCCAGGAAUAUGUCAGUCCGAGGCUUAAUCCUCUAUCGGCUCCCCACACUCCAGCAAAAGGAAGAGGCCUGUCUGCUCCCCAGCGGCCGCGUCUCCCCACAGGAAGCGAGGUGGAGACGUGAGGCAGCCCCUGCACCUUCCCACGUGCCAGGAAGGGGCGGCCUCAGGAAGGAGGCCACCGUCCGUUCCCAGGAGAGGGGGAGCGAAGCCUCUUCGAAGCGGCAUUUCUCUCCACCCAGGAAGCGGCCGCCAGCACCCCGGAGGGCGAUGCAUGGGGCGAUAGCCGUGGAGUCCCACCAGAUCCGGGAGGAAGGCCCAGCCAACAGGGAGCUGAGGCUGGUUCCCAGGAAAUAUUCCCAUGACAUGGCGCACUAACCCUGUCUGCUAGACAAGC